AUCAGAUCUCUCUCUCCGUCUGCAGCACAGCUCUCCCUCUCCUCUCUGGACUCCAUCUCUCUUGCUCCCUAUUUUUUCCUCAUUUUCAUUUUUUUUUUCUCUAACUCUAUUCCUCUCUCGUCCUCACUCUACUCCGCCGACUUCAAGCCGCUGCCGUGCCGUCGAAUAGUGAGUUCAAGCCACUGCCGUGCCGCCGAUCUCGCCUGGAGCCGCCGCCCGCCGAUCUUGCCUGGAGCUGCCGAUCUCUCUCUCUCUCUCUCUCUUUUUUGGUGGUUGUGGCAGUGUUUCUAAUGGUGGUUGGCUGAUUUUGGUUGAAGGUGGUGGGUUGAUUUGGUUGUGGGUGUGAGAUUUGGGAUGCUCUCAGAUCGGGUUGUGGUGGUUGAUGUUGUGGUGUUUUUUUUUUUUUUUUGGGUUUACGGGCUGAUAUUGGUUGUAAUGUUUGUUUGAGUUGUUUUGUUUUGUUUUUUUUUUUUUUAAUCAGUGGCUGAUAUUGGUGGUCGGUGGUUGAUUUUGUAAGGUGGUCGGUGGUUGUGGGCUGUGGCGGUUGAUAUUGGAGAGAGUAUUUUGUGUAUAUAUAUAUAUAUAUAUAUAUAUAUAUAUUUGUAAAAAAAAAUUUUAGAUUAUUUUAAUGUGUUGAUAUAUUAUUUUUAUGUGAUGAUGGAAAAAAUAGAAUAUCUUAUGAAUAGAGUAUUGUAUUAUGAACAGAGUAUCGUAAAGUGGUGUGUUAAAAUGAUAAAAUAGGUUUUUGGUGGGUUAAAAUGGUAUUUUCCAUAAGAGAGCUGACGAGAAUGCUCAUUGGCAUUUAAGACGCAGAUGAGUUGUUGACUUGACUUAAAACAGAGGAUAACGAAGUUGUGAACACAAACACACGGAGAAAGAAAGCACAGAUUCCAUUCCUAUAUCUAAAAAGAAUUGGAUCCGGCUUUGUUUCAAGAGGAUUCCGAGCAUUACAAUCACUACUACUGUGAUAUCGAUUUCCAAAUCUUUUUAAAUUUUCAUGAGCACUCAAGGAGCACCAUCUUCUUCUUCUUCAAUACCUACGAGGAAAUACGAGGUGUUUCUUAGCUUUAGAGGUUUGGACACCCGUAGAAAUUUUACGGAUCAUCUAUACGCUGCUUUGCAACGGAAGGGUAUUUUGACCUUUAGGGACGAUGAAGAACUUGAUAGAGGACAACCAAUUUCACUAGAGCUCUGGAAAGCAAUAAAAGAAUCGAGGUUUGCUAUUGUCAUUUUCUCAAGAAACUAUGCAUCUUCGACAUGGUGCUUAAAAGAACUUGCAGAGAUCGUUAAAUGCAUGAAAAAUAGAGGAUUGACAAUUUUGCCAAUUUUCUAUGAUGUGGAUCCAUCUGAUGUACGGAAACAAACAGGAUCUUUUGGACAAGCUUUUAAAGAACAUGAAGAAUGUUUUAAAGAGAACAUGGGGGUGGUGGAAACAUGGAGGGCUGCUUUGAGAGAAGUGGCCAAUCUCUCUGGUUGGCAUUUACAAGAUAGGCAGGAGUCAAUAUUUAUCCAACAUAUUGUGGAAGUGAUAUUGCAUAAAUUGAGUUCAAGUUUCUCAUGCAUUACUAAUGACUUGGUUGGAAUAAAUUCUUCAGUGGAGAAAUUGAUUAAUUUGUAUUUAGGUCUUGGGAACAAUUUUUGCAUGAUUGGGAUUUGUGGCUUGGGAGGUUUGGGAAAGACAACUCUUGCUAGAGUUAUUUGUAAGAUGUUCCAUAAGCAUUUUGAAGGUUCUAUAUUUAUUGCUAAUAUUAGAGAAGUAUCAAAAAAAGGUGAUUUGCAUCUAUUACAACAACAACUUCUUGAAGAAAUUUUGGAGGAAAGAAAUAUAAAGAUAAGGAACGUUUAUCAAGGAGUUGACAUGAUCAAGAAUAGGCUUUGUUAUAAAAAAGUUCUAGUUGUUCUAGAUGAUGUUGACCAAUUGGACCAGUUACAAAACUUGGCUGGAGAGCAUAGUUGGUUUGGAUUGGGAAGUUGGAUCAUAAUAACAACUAGAGAUGAACAUUUGUUGGUUCAGCAUGGAGUGCAUGAAAUAUAUAAGCCUAAUGCACUAAACACUGAUGAUGCUUUAAAACUUUUUUGUUUGAAAGCCUUCAAAAAUGAGCAACCCAAAGAAGGUUAUACAAAGCUCUCUCAGGAUGUUGUGUACUAUGCUAAAGGCCUUCCAUUAGCUCUUGUUACUUUGGGUUCCUUUUUGAUUGGAAGAACAAUGGAUGAAUGGCAAAGUGCGUUGGACAACUUUAAAAAAAUUCCUAAAAGAGAAAUAUUUGAUAUACUUAAAGUAAGUUAUGAUGGACUUGAGGAAAUGUGGAAAGAGAUAUUCUUGGAUAUUGCAUGUUUCUUUAGAGGUGAGAUGAAAGAUCGAGUAAUUGAAAUAUUAGAGAAUUGUGGUUUUCAUGCGAGAAUUGGUGUAAGUGUUCUAGUGAAUAAAUCUCUCUUGACCAUAGAAGGAAAGAAGUUGUGGAUGCAUGAUCUACUACAAGAUAUGGGUAGAGAAAUUGUUCAUCGAGAAUCUCGUGGAGAGCCUGGAAAGUGCAGCAGGAUAUGGCUUUAUAAGGAUUUGUUUCAUGUAUUGACGAGAGGAACGGCAACAGAAGCAAUCCAAGCCAUAGUACUAAAGCCUUCUCAACUGGAAAGAGAAUACCAGAGCAUUGAAGCCUUUUCUAAACCUUUUUCAAAGAUGAUCAAUCUUAGAUUGCUUAUAAUUGAUAAUGAGGAUAUGCCAAAUGGUCUCAGCCAUCUUUCUAAUGACCUAAGAUUUCUUGAAUGGUUUAAUUAUGGUUCAAAAUGUUUGCCAUCCAGUUUCAGACCGAAAGAGCUUGUCGAACUUAAUUUACCGUUUAGCCACAUCAAGUAUCUUUGGGGCGGAGUGAAGAAUUUGGACAGGUUAAAAUGCAUCGAUCUCAGACAUUCCGAAAACCUUAUCCAGACACCUAACUUCAAAGGGGUUCCGAGUCUUGAGAAAUUAUAUCUUAGUUGGUGUAGUAAUUUGGUUGAGAUCCACCCUUCUCUUGGGAAACUAAGCAGGCUUUUUAUUUUAGAAUUGGAGCACUGUCACUCACUUAUCAAUCUUCCAAGAAUGACUACUAAAAUGGAGUCUCUUACAACUCUAAGGCUUUGUGGCUGUACAAAAUUCAGGAAGGUUCCAGAAUUUGAGGGAAUAUUGAAAAGCCUAUCAGAACUUGAUUUGAGUGGUACUGCUAUUGAGAAACUACCCUCAUCAAUUGGGUGUUUGACUGCCCUUACUGUAUUAGAUCUAAGAAAUUGUAAAAAUAUUGAACGUCUUCCAAGAAAAAUGGAUGGUUUGAGGUCUCUUGAAAAACUCGUUCUUUCCGGAUGCUCACAAAUUGUUGAGUUGCCUGAGAACCUGUGGAAAAUAAAUUGUUUGAAAGAACUUGAUUUGAGUGGAAUUGGAUUAAGACAGCCAUUAGGGAAAAAGUUCUUUAAUGUUAGGUUGCCUUGUCUUGAAGGAAUAGGGCCUAGUACAGGUAUUGGUUGCUUAUCCUCGCUAAAAAAUUUAACACUAAGUUCGACCAAAUGUGUCACACUGCCUGCAAGCAUCAGUCAACUUAUGAAACUGGAAACUCUUGAUUUGUGCCACUGGGAUCAGCUUCGAUCAUUGCCAAAGCUUCCACCAACUGUGAGAUAUAUAAAUGCUAGAGGUUGUUAUUCCCUAGAACCAUCACCAGCACUAUCCAAGAUGAGCAGUUCGUUACAACCUCACUCCCUCUUCGGUUGUCAGUAUGAUGAGAGCAAAGGUGAAGUGGCAUUUACAUUAUUGAACCAUUACCUACAGGGACUCCUUUGUCGAAAAACUGGAUUUGAAACUAAUACCAAAAGUAAGGAGGGUGGAUCUAGAACUGAAUUUCAGUUAAUUAUUCCUGGAUCUAAAAUUCCACAGUGGUUAACUUAUCGAAGUGCAGCAAAUUCAGUAAGCAUAAUGCUGCCUCCAAAUUGGUGUAAUAGUAGAUGGAUGGGAUUUGCUCUCUGUGCUUGUUUGUAUGCAUCAUAUUCACCUAUUAUUGCUAAUGCUGAGGAGCAUGGCAAAACAUCUGGUCUUAGAGCUCGUGUGAUAGCCCUUGGUGAUAUGCCUCACAGUCACUGUGCACCUGAAAUUUUCUUUCGGAUGGAAUUAGGUGCAGACCACAUUUGUCUAUUGUAUCUAUCUCGUGAUGAUUGGUUUGCUACUGGUUGGAAUGGAGAACGCAAUCAGAUUGAGAUUGUAUUUGAGACCACUAACCCAUCCUGGGUUACACAGAAAUGUGGGGUCAGUUUGGUAUACGAGGAAGAUGUGGAAGAGUUCAACCAAUCAAUUGCACAAUGUAGCAAUAGCCGUGUCAAUACUUAUGAGGGUUCCGUUGGUAAUAAAUUAAAAUUUUCCUAAGCUGCUAAGAAUGCGACAAGCGGCACAACAAGGAGAUUACACCAGUAAAAGCAUGAGAGCAUAGAGAAAGAUAUGGGAAGCAGAUGCGGCAGUUCCUAUGGAAGUCAUUAAUCCAUUUAAUAGUGUAGAAAAUAAAAACAAGCGGCGGUGAUGUAGUUGCAGAAGUUACAAGCAGCACUUGACAUCAUGGCAAGUUUCAUUCAAGCCUAAAGAUAGACAGACACGUGGAUGAACAACUGCUAAUAACUGUCUGUAACCGUUGAGGGUAUAAAUAAAUGACACAUUGUCAAGAAAACUUUGGAAGUAUGAGUUUUUAUAAAUCUAGCUAUUGCAUCAAAUAAGCAUUAAUUUUAGUGUUUAGUCUUGAACAUUUAACAUGUUCAUACUUUAGAAUCAUUUGAGCCAUGCCUUCAAAAACACUCAAGAAGCAACUUUAAUUACACUCAUUAGGAAUGAGUCAAUAAUUAAUUCUUUUCUUUUUUUAAUUAUAGUACCAUACUAAAUAAGUUUUUUACAUAUAUACAAAUCAUAAUUGACAUGUCUGCAGCUGAUGAUGCCAAUUUUCUUUUCAAACAUUGAUUGACUGCAAAAUAGGAAGGAGGAUUUUCAUAGCAUGAAUUUUAAUUGAGGCUACUGCUAUCUGAUGUGCACAAGCAUCUCUGUGAAUCUGACUCUUUUUUUUUUGGAUAAAAAACCUGAUAUUAGGAUGAAGUGAAGUUCAAUUGAGCCAACUGCUAUCACCUACAAGCUAUACUUUCAGUAUAUCAGGCUAAUGUAGAAGUUGCUUUAUAUCACUGGAGGAAUCAGCUAGCAACAUAGAGGAGCCUAUGUCUAUCUUGGAGCAUAUCAUCUAGUUGGGAAGCCAGUAUGUGCUGUUGUGGCCUUUGUUAAAUCCUUAAAAGUCCUUCAGAUUGGAUUUAGAGACUAUUGUUCAAGCUUAUUUAUUUAUUUGGCUAAAAUGUAAAAACAUUUCUGUUUGCCCAUGGAACAAGUUUCACAAAUUGGCAAAAGCAUGUUAUUAUAGUACAAAAAAAAAAAUUUCUUUUA